GAAAGAAGUUGUAAAAUUUGGUGGAAAGAAUCCGAUUUUCGAAACAAUCAAAGCAAUCUUAGAUCGUGCAGCGCCAUUAUUGAUUGACACAUCAUCUGGCAAAGAACUGGUGACAUUAGUAACGAAAUGUGUGAAUGACGAAGUUCUUGAUGACGAUGUUUCUAGUGAAGAAGAUAGCGAGACAUUUGAUAGAGAUGAAGUCGGUACAAAUGGCCGCAAAGCUUUAGACUUACUUCUGGUGAGCUCUUUCUUACCUCAUUUGUUACUGUAAUUUAGAAUUACUAAUGCGUCUACAAUACCUACUGUAUAGCUCCUUAAACCAUGAUCAGCCAACAAUUUUAAUUUUUUCUGUGUGAUGAUGAUUUCAAGAAGGCCUUCUUCAGAAUCUGAUUUCCUUGUGAGUUGUUACAUUGGUAAUAUCGUGGCAAGGAGGCAACCAUUUACUAUAGAAUUUGUUAAAUCUGUGGUAAAGAUUAUGUUGAGCCAUUAUACAGUGUACUAUUCUCUUAAGACACCACUAAAUAGUAUACAUUUCUUGUGUUAACGCAAUUUGUUUAUGAAUGUUUUCAGACCUGUGUGACGGUAUUUCCUACAGAGUUUAAAUCCCCCCUCUUGUUUCAACAACUCCUUAUGUAUCUGAAGAAAGGAGAACCUUUAGGUGAGUGUUGGAACAGCAGUGAUAAUUAAUUCAAAGCUGCAUGCAUGCCACUCACAAUGAGAGAAAUCUAAUGGCCAACCCUUGCAUUGUUUAAAGUGAUGAGCAUUCUUGCUGGGAGACCUUCAAAAUUGUAAAUGCUAUCUCAGGGUACGAUAAAUCGCGUACAGUACUUACUACUUACGUAGGUUGGUUGAAAGAUGCUUCGUUUGAAACAUCCAAGUAUUUUUUAUAACGGUAUUUGGAUCUUUCAACCAAUCUAGUUAAUCAACGCUAGCCAGUGAGCUCUCUCUCUGGAGCAAUAUAUCUGGAGCAAGAACUUAAGUUAUUCGGUCUAUGAGAAAAGCGGGGCCAAGAUGGCGGAAUUGUCGUGCAAAAUCUAUGAAGGUGGUAAACAGUUUUUCGUACAAUUUUUCCCGUAUCGGCAUUCGCUAAUCAAGUUAUCAGUUGAUAAAUCCAUAGUAUUAUUCUUUAAACGAAGUCAAAACACGACAUUUCGGCACAUUCUUUGCAUCUUCAUGUUAACCGAAAAAAUAGAAAGGGACUGGUGCUGGACGUCAAUUUCUGACAUUUUGGCUUCACUUUUUGGACUCGAGUUCUUAUAUACUUCAGAUAAAUAUGGAGCUCCACUGACGCUAGCUUAAAGCCCUGGACAAACUAGGGAACAUUGUUGUGGAAACAUUUGUGAUUCUCGAUGUUUCCUCAAAUGUUUCCCUGUUUGCCCACCCGUGGAAACAUUGUUGCUGAAACAAAAUUUGCUUCCCGAGAAGCAAAAAUGUUUCCUAGCAAAUUCAGAAACAUCCCUAUAUGUUUCUCACUAAUGUUUCCUAGUGUUUGCCAAUUCUGGGAAACAUGGCGAAACAUUGGCAGGAAACGAUGUUUCCGCAACAAUGUUUCCUAGUUUGCCCAGGACUUAACACUCGAGAUAUGAAUGCGUUAUACGUAUUUCUGUUUCAGUUGAUUACGCUUUGCGGAUACUUAUACACAUUGGACAAGGUUUAGAAGAAAUCGAUGCAACGUCAUAUUCGUAAGUACCGCAGCUGCAAACUUUACUGUGAUAUUUCGUUUCUUUGGCACACGACAAGAAAGACACAUUAGAAAACAUUUAAAGUUCUGUCAACCCUAAAUAUGAUUUUUGGGAUCUAGAAGAAAUGUAAUUAAAUAUAAUUUUGCUUGUGGUGUUACUCUGAGUGUACAGUAUAUAUCCACACCGGGCAGGCUUGAAAAAUAUGCCUGGCCACGGUAGGAACCAACCUACGACCUUUGGAAUACUAGCCCAAUGCUCUGCCAACUGAGCUACGCUACUAGUAUUCCAAAGGUCGUAGGUUCGAUUCCCACCGUGGCCAGGUAUAUUUUUCAAGCCUGCCCGGUGUGGAUAUACACUCAUAGUAACAUCACAAGCAUCUUAUUCACCUGAGUACAUUAUACCAACACAGAAAAUAAAUAUAUCAUUGUAUAGUAAAAAUCAUCUUGUUCAACCUUUUCACUUUCAAAGUUACCGGAUAUGAUGUCAUUAUGCAUUUAACAGCAAAAGAAAGUUAUUUGCAAUCCAUCUACAUUAAUAGCGUCAUAUCCGGAUACUUCUUCAGUGAAAAAGUCGAAAAUGAGUUUUUCACCAACGAAGAUAUAUUAAAUUGUUUCGUAUAGAAUGACUCGAAUAUUACACCAACAAAAAAUCAUCUUUGGUGCGAGUGGCACUGUUCAAGAUUCAAAACGACCCCAGUUUAGUGCUGACGUCAGCAAUAACAUUUCUGUAACUCACGGAAAUAAUUUUAUCGACUCAAAGUUUUUGGUGAACACUCGUAUACAUGCAUAAACAUAUUUCAGUAGAUAAUUUUUGGAAAUUAGUUUGUGAGACAGCCAAACGUCUUGUCGGCCGAACGUUCCAAGUCCGCCUCAGAAUUUUAUUUUAUUCAAGCCCGUUUUCCACUAGACGAAUUUGUUUGAGGAAGAAGAAAUUUUCAUUAUUAAAUAAAUGGUGUAUUAAUAUCUACAAGAUGUAAUAUCCUGUAUUCAUUUCUUUAUUAUAGUCAUUUCCAACCUGCACUCACUGUAAUUGUCGCCAAGGGAAAACCAUCACAAGUGAAACUUGCAGGUCGCAUUAUCACCAAAACAUAUCCCAAUUCAUCAACAAUCUUUAAAAGAAUAUUGGAGGUAAAUUCUACAGACUCUAAAAUUAGAAUAAAUCGCAUGAACCUUCUGAAAAUGCAGCAUGAGCUCCACCUUUGAAUUUACUAUAUGAGUAAAUUCUUAAACACGUCCGAAUUUAUCAUUAUGAUAAAUUCGCGGCAAAUUUUGAAUUUAUCAUAAUAAUAAAUUCGCGGCACCUAACACUAACCAUAACCCCAACCCUAACCACUAACCCCUAACCACUAACCCCUAACCCUAACUUUUUUAACUUUUUAGUUUUUUUAACUUUUUAAACUUUUUUAAAAAUCUAACUUUUUAAACUUUUUUUGCUUUUUAAAACUCCUUUAAAACUUUUUUAAAAACUAUUUUUUUAAAAAAACUUGAAAAUGUUGUGAAAAUGUUAUGAUGUUGUGUAAAGCCAGGGCUUUUGGAAUUAUUCUGAGUAGGUGGCUGUGGUGACAAAGUAGGUGGCUGUGGUGAUAACGUAGGCGGCUGUGGAGGGGGGUCUAGAGAGUCUUAAAGUCACCCAAAUCAGCUAGAUAUACAGUAAGUGUAUAUUGAUUAGAUCUCAACACAACUCUGUAACCAAAUUAUAAUGUAUCACUACUUUCAUUCUUCAAUAAGAUAACUUCAAGAUUUUAGAUGGUAAAUAACUAAAUCAGUUUUAACGAAACAAUACGUGGUUUUCGAAAAUAACCAGGCUAUAAGUAUAGGCCAGGAUGAGGAAAAAUAACUUUGUUUGAAAGCUUAGAGUGGAGGAAGGAGAACAGAAUUGAUAUUUCAAGUACUAAACAAAGUAACCGGCGGUGAACCUCGUGGCACCUGCCAGCUUAUUUUGAAAGUCCUGCAUGCUUCACAAGCCUAGGCCUGGUCUUUGACCAGGUUUUUCCUUCACUGAUUGGCUGGCUAGUUUAAAAGUAAAAAAAAAGCACAGCUAAAGUUCAGUUAUAGAGUUUUAUGUAUUUGUAUAUUUCUGUCUUUGUUCUGCAAGACGUUUCGUUAGUAUAUAUAAGUAAGAGCGUGGUUGGGAGUUUAAUUUGAGAAUAUUAUAUAUAUACCAUAUUUCACUAUUGGUUAGAUAUACCGAAUAUGCAUGGUUGUAUAAGUAUUAAGUACUACUACACGAGCAGGAGUGCUUUAUAAGAUAUAAAACACGAGAGCGCAGCUCGAGUACAGGCCUUAAAAUAUCGGUCGGUCACGGACAUUGUCCGACCCAUUCAUCAAAUUGUCCGACGUAGAGAGGAAACCACCGGACAUUCUGUCCGACCUAAGUGAAACUGAGGUUUAUUGUUUGUCCGACGUGAGUGUAUUGGUGUCCGACCGAACUGUAGCUUUGUCUGACGCUUUCUCCACGCACGUAAAUCAAAAUGUACCCUAGUCCAGAACCAGAGUUUGUAUAAAAAUGAACCGAAAAUGUUGCGGGGCAGCGAGUGAAAUGGUGAGGUGGAAAACGGGCUUAAGUUAUCGAAGUCGUACUGCUAUCAUUGGCAAGCAAGUUAAUUUUGGCUUGGAAAUAAGUAUGAAUGACACAAAUUAUUUAAUAUCUUCACAACAUUUAGUUCAGAAUGAAUACAUUAUGCUGAUAUUAAUUUGCGUCAUUCAGACUUAUUUCCGACCCAAAAUGAACUGAAGUCAUCGGACAUAUGUCCGACCAAACUCAAAGUCAUCGGACAUCUUGUCAGACGGCCCUGGAAAAGAUAUUUUAAGGCCUGCGAGUAUUUUAUAUCUCAUAAACCACGGACUGCGAGUGUUUUAUAAAUAGCUUAAAAAACUCAUUAAUAAUUCAGGAGCAAAACACAAAGAAAAAUCAUAAGCGUGUCGUGGUUAUAUAUGUGAUAAAAAAUCAUGUUAAUUUACAUAAACUUUAGCUUUGAUUUUCUCGGUUUAGACAAAGUUUAUUUUAAAAAUUACUUCGCCAAUGAACUCGUAUAAGCUGAGUCGUUUUUUAAGCCAUUUAAAGCACUUGUAGUCGUGUUUUAUCACAUAUAAAACACUCCGCUACGCGUCGUGUUUUAUAUGUGAUAAAACACUCCUACGCGUGCUUUAAAUAGUACUUAAAAAACGACCCAUCAUUGGCGAAGUAAUUUUAAAAAUAAACGUUGUUUAAGCUGAGAAAAUGAAAGCUAAAGUUUAUGUAAAUGAAGAUGAUUUUUUAUGACUUAUAAAACCGCUGACACGGCAGUGAUUUCCUUUGUCUUUUCCUCAUGAAUUAUUGAGUUUUAUAAAGAGAUUUAUAUACUGUACAGUAAACUUUUUAAUUAUUUUCUGUAGAAUCGUGUGAAAUCGCUCGAUUAUGGAUCAUCGUCAAUACUCGCUACUUUAUCUUGUAUCAGUGAGAUCGCUCUCCAUUCACCUGCAGUGUUUGAACCUCAUCAUGCGACUAUUAUUAGAGAUUUUGUUGUCAAGGAGUUAUUGCUGAAAGAUCGGGUAGGUCGCUCUUAACGCGUUUUCUUUCCAACUUGUACUUCAUUGGCAGUGGUGUAAUCCUGAAACAGGGGCUUGUCCAAUUUUUUUAUGGAGGAUUGUAUUGAAAUAACCUCAAUUUAACAUAUUUUCUGAUACAUCUGCCCAAAUAUUCUUGAUCUUUCCUAACAUUUGCCCAAAUUUCCAUGGUUUUCUACAAAAAAAAAUUUUUUUUGGUGGGGGGGGGGGGUGCAGUUGCCUCCCCUGUCUCGUACGUACGCCUAUGGUGACAAAUCUGUGAAGUGUGCAUGCACCAUGAUAAACAUUGAAGGUUCCAGUAUUCUUUUGCUCUAGCAAUUCUUCAAUUAGUGUUUUGAGAUGAACUUGAAAGAUUCCGAUAUACACUAGCAAAGCUAUUUCAUGUUAGAGCUACAUAAAUCAUAUAAUACAUGGUAAGAUCAUCAGUCACAUAUGGUUAUCAAGUAUACAGGUUACUAAAAUCAUUACCGCAUGCGUAUAUCAAAUUAUGAUAAAGAUUACUUCGGUGGCCAAGUGGUUAGCGCACUUGCCUUUCACCUCUAAUGCCGCAGGUUCAAGCCUCAGUGAGUACUUUCUCAAUGUGACUCGAACCCAGUCCUCAUGUGAAAAGAAUAAAAGUCAACGCUCUGUCGAAAGUUGUGGGUUUUCCCCGGGUACUGCGGUUUCCUCUCACAGGGAAAGUUGACAGGGUGGGUUAGGUAAAAGGGCCCACGUGCAGUAAUUGGCAUAUGCUGUUCUGGUGACCCUGCCCUAGUUGGCAAAGCUAAUUAUAAAAUAACAUGUAUAUAACGCGUGUUCUGAUUGGUCGAAACCCGUGUUUGGAUCAGGCCAUCCAAACACGGAAGACUAUCGUGUUGUUGUUAUUUUAUAAAACAAUUACUUUAUGGUUUCCAUGUUAGGAUGGCCUGAUCCAAACACUUGGAAAUGUUGCUCGAGUUAAGAAAAGCGCGCAAAAUCACUCGCCUUCGGCUCGUGCUUUCGCGCGCUUUUCUUAACUCUCGCAACAUUCCCGCGUGUUUGGAUCUGGCCAUCCAAACACGGAAACCAUAAAGUAAUUGUAUAAUAAAUAAAUAAAUAAAAUAAAAUGUUUAUCUUUCGCAGGGUAAGAUCGCUAAAAGUGGCGCGUUGUGGUGUGAGGAAGAUGAAUUAUCUAAAGAAGUAAAAGCCAAGGUUGGUAUCAAGUAAUUGUAAAUCAUACCCGGGGCGGUUGUUCAAAGGUAGGUUAGUGCUAACUCUUGGUUAAAACUUAACCUGCUGUUUUAGUUUUUUGUAUUUCUGCACGUCUGUUUAUUUCAAAACGUCAAAGAAGUAAACUCCUAUCGAUCCAGACAAGAUAUCUGAAGAAACAUUUCCAAAUUUAUAGACAAGCUGUGAGGAUGUUUGCUUUGAAUUUUAGGUUAACCUAGGGUUAAGCUGAUCGGCUUUUGAACAAUCGGCCCUCGGUUAUUAGCCAAUGUGCUAUUUCUCUAUGCAUACCGUGAACCAAGUGAAGUGAACCAAGUUCUUGAAAUUCAUUGCUGAAGGAGAUGAUUGGUUACUUCAUAGUGAUGCAGUAAAUUAAUUCAUUGACAGAUAUUUUAUUAUUAUUCUCAUUUCGAUAAAUGUUAAAAUCUUUUAAACGGGAUAGUUACGAGGUUAAAACUAUUUAUAAAAUCAAAGGCCGUUGAGGCCGACUCACGGAUAAGAUCAAAUGAAAGUGACAGAAAGAAUUAGAGCAGUUUGCAGUUGUUUUUUAUACACCCUGUAGAUAUUUGGUUUGAAGAUACUAGUGAACUGGCUACGUGGAAAACCAGUCAAAGACAAAGUAAUCGUACAACCAGUUUUUAAGAUGUUGGAUCAGGCCAUAGCAUUAAAAGGAGAUAUAACUGGAAAGGGUCGUAUACGGUAA